GAACCAGAAGAGGAGAUGUUUUGCUUCGCUAUUGCCUAAUCAGUUGUUGUGUCUGGUUUGUUGUACUGAGAAAUUGAUUGAAUUGAUUUGAUACUCUGCGUGCGUGAGAUUUGAAAAUGGAAAAGCACCAAGAGGAUCUUGAUCUGCUUCUGUCUCUUGACGAUAGGGUUCUUGAAACUCCUCCCGAUUCUCCCUCUGCUCCACCCGUAUAUCUGACGGAUGAUGAAUCCCCGAGACGUAGGGCUCACGCGGACUUGUCUGACUUCAGAAGUGUCGUUCAAGAUUGCCUUGACUAUGAUCCUAAACCACUCGCCAAAAAUACUACUAAGCUUAAAAGCUCCAAUCUCAACGACAUUGAAAAGUUUUCUGGCUUGCGCAUUAGGAAUCAGUUACUUAGCCCUGCAGAGAUUAAUGAUCGGUUUUCUGAUAUUCGUUUCGUCCGGUUGCCAACAAUAAAGAACUUGCUAAUGGGUGACAAACUCUCCGGGUGCUGGGCGACAAUGGGAGUGCUAACAGAGAAAGGACAACCCAAAACAAGCUCAAUUGGUCAGCCUUAUGGGAUAUGGAAAAUCGGUAGCUUAAACCAAAACACUGUCUCCUUGUUCUUGUUUGGUGAUGCUUACAAGAAUUAUCAGACCGAAAUGGCAGGAACGGUUUUCGGUUUGUUUAACUGCUCAGUUCGCAAGGACAAAGUGGGAGGUGACUUCUCAUUAAGUGUCAACUCUGCUAAACAAAUGGUAAAACUUGGAGUUUCGGCUGAUUAUGGAGUCUGCACAGCGAAGCGGAAAGAUGGAACAACUUGUACAUCUGUUGUAAACAAACGCCAAGGAGCAUUCUGCAACAUUCAUAAACUGAAUGCAUCAGACAAAUUUGUUACAGCGAGAACUGAACUCAAAGGCGGGAACCUGAGAACGUCUUUCAGAGAUCCAAGAUCCCAAGGGAUUUACACAGUUGAGCCACCAGCAGAUAGGAGCGGAAAUAAAAAGGCUACUCAGCCUGUCCGAGUACUAUCAGUGGAAGGUCUCCGAAAGGCUCUAAGUACCGCAGAUAAAGUGACGCCUAAUGUACACUCACAAGGAAUACGUUUCCUGAACGAGAUGGCCAGACAAACGGCUUUGAAGAACGCUAACAAAAAUUCUGAAGCUGUGAACAAGUCUGUAGAGAAGAGGAAAGCAUUGGCAAAAGAAACGCAAGUGAAGGUUGAGCCGAAGAGAAAGAGAACAGAGCACGGCCGUGAAAAGAGGGAAACUCCCGAGAACGUUACCGGAAAAAUGAUGGUCCUAGAUUUCUGCAGCUCUGACGAAGAAUGAGUGAGUCCUCUCAACAUUGUCAAACAUUUGAUUUAGGCCUUAACGAAUAUUCAAAUUCUGCGGCUCUAGCCAUAUGCAGAGCAUUGUUGUCGAGAUAUAGAUAUUUGUUGUUCUUCUCAUAGUCAUGAAAACAAUAACCAGUCAUACAACCACUUU